AUGGGAUUACAAGAUAAAAAGGAUAUCUUUUCAUUUAUCAUGAUUAAUCUUCUUUUAACUUCCAUUGUGUCCGGUUCAACCGAUACAAUCACUUCAUCCAUUCCACUAAAAGACGGCGACACAAUAAUUUCAUCGCGCGGGCUCUUUGAACUGGGCUUUUUCAGCCCGGGAAAUUCAAAAAACCGGUAUAUCGGUAUAUGGUACAAAAACAUACCAGCAAAAACCGUUGUUUGGGUUGCUAAUAGAGAGACCCCGGUUAUCGACAAUUCAGGCAUGUUAAAGAUCACAAACCCCGGGGUUCUUACCCUUACAAACGAUAAGAACACAAUCGUAUGGUCUUCUAAUGUUUCAAAAGCCGCCCCGAAUCCAAUAGCACAACUUUUAGAUUCCGGGAAUCUUGUUGUGCGAGAUAAAAACGAUAACAUAAAUUUCGUGUGGCAAAGUUUUGAUUAUCCGGGUGACACACUGCUGCCCGGAAUGAAAAUGGGCAAGGAUUUGGUAACGGGGCGCGAGAGCUACAUUACGUCGUGGAAAAACGAUGAUGACCCGUCGACUGGCGAGUAUACAUUCGGGUGCGAUGUUACCGGGUACCCGCACCAAGUUAUUAAAAAGGGACAAGUGCUUCAAUAUAGAAGUGAACCAUGGAAUGGUAUUGACUUUGGUGGGAUUUCAGUUUUGCCACAAAAUGCUAUUUAUAAGUUUGAUAUGGUUUUUAAUGAACAUGAGGUUUUAUACACUUAUAAAAUGUUUAAUUCCUCAAUGAUUUCGAGAUUGACCAUGAAUCAUUCGGGUGUUGCGCAAAGAUGGGUGUGGGCUGACCAAGCCAAAGAUUGGAUCGUUUAUUUUUCGAUCCCUGCGGCCGACGGUUGUGAUUUAGUGUGUGGUGCUUAUGGUACAUGUGCUAUUAACAGCUUUCCAAAAUGCGGGUGUUUGGAUAAAUUUGUGCCGAAAUAUCAAAACGAAUGGAACGGUGCAAAUUGGUCGAAAGGGUGUGUGAGGAAAAGACCGUUAAAUUGUAAAACCGACGGGUUUGUGAAGCACGCGAAUAUUAAACUGCCCGACUUUCAAUAUUCGAUGUUUUAUAAAAACGUGACACUUGCGCAAUGUGAGAAGUUGUGUUUGAAAAAUUGCUCGUGUGUGGCGUACGCGAAUAUAUUGAAAACCGGUGGGACCGGAUGUAUGCUUUGGAUGGGUGAUUUGGUUGACAUUCAAGAAGGUCCAUCGUUUUCUUCAGUGCUCUAUGUCAGGAUGGCCUCUUCUGAUUUAGGUUCUCAUAAGAAGAAACACAAAAUAAUUCCGUUGAUCGUUGCGUUAAUUGCGGGGGCGUUAGUAAGCAUGGGCCUUAUGUUUGCUUUUUGGACAAAGUGGAAAAAGAAUUCCGCGUUGAAGGGAGAAGAGGAACAAGUGGGAAACGAAACUGACCAACUUUACGCAAAUGAAAGCCAGAAGGAAGAUCUUGAGCUACCGUUAUUUAGUUUAUCUGAAGUAGUUAAAGCUACGCAUAAUUUUUCGUUGAGUGAUAAGAUUGGAGAAGGUGGUUAUGGACCAGUUUACAAGGGUGUUCUUCAAGAUGGAAAAGAAAUAGCUGUGAAACGGCUCUCGAAAACAUCCAAUCAAGGUCUUGAUGAAUUCAAAAAUGAAGUUAUUUGCAUAUCUAAACUUCAACAUAGAAAUCUUGUAAGGCUUCUUGGAUGUUGCAUUCAAGGAGAUGAAAAAAUGUUGAUCUAUGAAUAUAUGCCUAAUCAUAGCCUCGAUUACUUCAUAUUCGAUGAAAGCCGAAGAAAAUCACUUGAUUGGCCCUCGCGUUUCAACAUUAUAAAUGGAAUUGCGCGCGGACUGCAGUAUCUUCAUGAAGAUUCAAGAUUAAGAAUUAUUCAUCGGGAUCUCAAAGCCAGCAAUAUUUUGUUGGAUUUUGAUAUGAAUCCAAAGAUAUCGGAUUUUGGCAUGGCAAGAAGCUUUAUAGGAAAUGAGACUCAAGCAAAUACAAUGAAAGUGGUUGGAACUUACGGUUACAUGUCUCCAGAAUACGCGGUGGAUGGUAUUUUCUCGGUAAAAUCAGAUGUAUUUAGUUUUGGUGUUUUGGUGUUGGAGAUUGUGAGUGGGAAGAAAAAUAGAGGGUUUUUCCACCAUGACCACCAUCAUAACCUUCUUGGACAUACGUGGUUACUUUAUCAAGAAGGGCGGUUAAUGGAAAUCGUUGACCCGAAUAUAACAGACUCUUGCCAUUUAUACGAAGUGUUAAGAUCGAUCGAACUGGCUUUAUUGUGUGUACAAAGAAACCCUGAUGACAGACCGAGUAUGUCCACAGUUGUAGUAACACUGAGUAGUGAAGGAGAACUACCAGAAGCCAAACAACCCGGUUUCUUUUACACUGAGCAUAUCCCUAGAGAUGACAAGUCAUCAAGCACCCAUGCACCGUCAUCAACCAGCGCAAUGACCAUCACACUCGUAAAUGGUGUCGUUAGAUACGUGUUUCGCAAGAUGUUCAAGAAUCAAAUGUCUUUUUUUUUACAAGUUAUGUAUAAAUUUCUGUAUGGUAUGAAACUUAAAAGGUCCUAGAAUA